UAGAAAAGCCGGGGAGCCCAACGCCACAGCAUCACUCUGAGGGCGGAUAUCGGCCGGUCCUCAUCAUCCUCUCCUCCUCCUCCUCCUCCUCUCGUGCAUCCGCCGCCUCUCCCUCCUCAUUUCCCUGCGCUCUCUCCCGCUGUAUACUCGGUCUCCAUCAGCCUUCAUGGUUCUGAUCUCACCCCACGCCAUGCAAGCCACCCGGGCGUCGACCACCGUCAGUGUGUUCGCGGACUGCAGCGUCCCGGCCGGGCUGCGGAUUGGACCGGUACCGGGCGUCUUCAAACUGGGGAAGUACGUGUCGGACCGUAAGGAAGUUGGACCCAAGAAGAAGAUCCGCCUGGUGCGGGGGGAGUUCGUGGAUGAGUCGGGCUGUCCCGUGCCGGACUGGAUCGGCUUCGUCCGCGCCGCCAGGAACAGUCAAGAGCAGAACCUGGAGGCCGUGUCGGACUUACCUGGUGGACAGAUUUUCUACCGUGUGCUGAGGGAAAUCCCCGCAGGAGAGGAGCUCAGCGUUUGGUACUCCAACGCGCUGGCCCAGUGGUACGACAUCCCCACCACGGCCACUCCCACGCACGACGAGAAAGGUGAGGAGCGUUACAUCUGCUGGUACUGCUGGAGAAUAUUCAAGUACCCGAACACGCUCAAGGCCCACGUCCACUUCCACUGCGCGCUGAGCAACGGCCGGGGGUUCGUGAGCGGCGAGCAGGCGAGAGGCACGGAGGCGUUCAGCCAAAGGUCGCCGAAGUCCGGCGACAUCCCCAACACGUCCACCUCCCCGCGGAGCGGGCACAGCAACUCGUCCAUCUCGGACUCUGGCAGGCGGGCGGUGUCCUCCUCCUCCUCGUCGUCGUUUCUAAUCAAAGCGGGACUGUCGAAGAGGAGCAGCUCCGAGGAGCAGGACAGGGCCCUCGACAUGAGCGUCACCGCGGCCAGGAACCAAGGGCAGCAGCUGCUCGGCCUGGGCGCCACGUCCUCCGUGCUCAGCAGCAUGGGCUUCCACCCGGGCGUGCGCUCGGCCUUCAAGCCCACCGGCGUGUCCAAGGUGCCGGGCGUGGACGCCUCCAGAGAGGAGGCCAACGGGAAGCUGAGCGGCAUGGGCUUCGGCAAACUCAUUGGGAACAUGAAGCCGAUCCGCGCCAUGGCUGAGACUCUGAACGGAGCAGGGAGCCAUGCGCCAAAAUGCGCGCCUGCAAUCAUGGACAGCGCGUCUCCGAUGGGGCCGUGCACGAACGCUAUCCGGGCUUUCCCGCUGCUGCCUCACAUGGAGGAGACGUCGGCCUUUAAGCACGUGGACAGCCGGAUGCACGCCGGCCUGUCCCCGUCCCGGUACCCGCAGGUGCCCCCCGGACUCCACUUUGAACGGUUCUCCCUCCCUCACUUCGACGGCGUUAAGACUUACGGGGGAGACUGUAACAUCCCGCUGAUGCCCUUCACCGUCUACAACGGGGAGCUUCUGUACAGCUCGCCGUACUACCCGCUGAAAUUCCACUUCGGCAACCUCCUCAAGUACCCGGAGUCCAUGUCCUACUUCGGCGCGCCGUCGCUGAGCCAAGACCUGGGCUCCAUCACCAACAUCGACCGGGAGAUCGCCAUGCACACGCAGCAGCUGUCCGAGAUCGCCGCGGAGAAGAACCGCACGAGGCUGGACUCGAUGCCGACGGGGGCCCCCGGCAGCGCCGCGCCCGGCAAGCCGAAGAAGGGACACCUGUGUCUGUACUGCGGCAAGCUCUACUCGCGAAAGUACGGGCUGAAAAUCCACAUGAGGACUCACACGGGCUACAAGCCGCUCAAGUGUAAGGUGUGCUUCAGGCCCUUCGGGGACCCCAGCAACCUGAACAAGCACAUCCGGCUGCACGCGGAGGGCAACACGCCGUACAGGUGCGACUUCUGCGGCAAGGUGCUGGUGCGCAGGCGGGACCUGGAGAGGCACGUCAAGUCGCGGCACCCGGGCCAGACGGCGAAGAAGCUGGACGACGGCAAGCCGGGCGGCCUGUUCGACGACGCGGAGCACAAGAGCGACGACAACGACAGCGACGUGGACGUGUGCUUCACCGACGACCAGAGCGACCAGGAGUCGAGCAAAAACACCGACUGAGCCUGCGGCGACCCACAGACACUCGGAGAAACUGUCCAUUGUCUUCAGACGGUGUACCCAACAAGAGCACGUCAUUUAGUCUCAUACCAAGUCUGCCCCCCCCCCCCCCUUUUUAUUUUACAUUAUAGGCCACAAACACGUCCAAAUUUAACAUCCAUUCAAAAAUAUAGAUUUUGUGAGCAUUUGACAACAUUUGCCUCAAACUUCAUUGGACAUGUGUCCAGUAAUGAUUUGCAAUAAUAGGGCAGGAAAGAUUAUUUCUUUUUCUAGUGGAAAUGUUGCUCAAGGAAACAACGUUUGAGGCCUUUGAGCUUCUUCUUUCUCAAUAAUCCUUAAAAACGAAUUUAGCACACAGGGAAGAAGAAAAAAAUCAGUCGGUUUGUUUGACAUUUUCGUUUCGGACUGUGUUCACAUUUAUAUAUUUUGGCAAUAUAGAGCGAUGAUCCAAGAACAACAACAACAAAAAAAAGAUCAAGGCUGAAUAUGAGAUUAAAUGACUAAUUAAGUUACACGUUUUAGCAAUGUAAAAAAAAAAAAAAAGGUACCAGAUCAGUUUUUUUUUUUGAGUGUGUAACGUCUCCCCCGGAGAAAAAGGAUCUAUGAGUUUGAAAAGCCAACCAACCCCCCCCCCCCCUCGCAAAAAGAGACUAAUAUCCAGUAUUCCCCUGUAAACUGUUAGUUGCACUUUAAAAGCAGCAAUGGGCACCUCAGUUCAAAAAAGAAAAAGAAAAAAAUCAGCUGCAAGAACAAUGAUUCUGAUCGAACUUAUUGAUUUCCUUCACCUCAUUGGAGAUUCUCGUGUUCGCUGCGCCUCGCUGAAUAAAACACACUGUACUUAAAUUUGCACUUUCUUGGCGGAGGCGUGUUGUUGAUCUCUGCAGCAGCAGCCAGUUCAUUAUUUAACGAAUUAUUUCUAGAGAGAGAGAAAAAUGUAUUGAUUGCAGUUAAAGGCAUAAUGUAAAGUGUAAAGUAUGAUAUUUCACAUCCUGAGUGGAGAAGUGUUGUAUACGUUUUGUUUAUAAGUGACAUUGUCUGUGAUGAGGACAAUAUUUUACUAUUGUCCGAUACGUCGUUGAUGUGUUUUUUUUGUUUUCUUUUGCAAAAUAAAUUUAUUUA